GGAGUGGCUCGCGCCCGCCGGAUAACGAACCAGGAAAUUGUGUCAUGUAAAUACUGGCUCGCCUCUGACUGUCGGUGUUGUUAAACUCAGUUUAAAAGUGUUUUUUUGAACCCAUAAGUUGAAAUUCACGGCUGAUAUCUCUAAAUAGCGACAGUACUUUUUCCACUAUGGCUUCCUUGUUCAAGAAGAAGACGGUGGAUGACAUCAUAAAAGAGCAGAACAGAGAACUGAGAGGGACACAGCGGCAGAUCACCAGGGACCGGGCUGCACUGGAGAAACAGGAAAAGCAGCUGGAGCUAGAGAUCAAGAAAAUGGCCAAGACUGGAAACAAGGAGGCUUGCAAGAUCCUGGCUAAACAACUGGUCCAACUGAGAAAGCAGAAGAACCGUACCUAUGCUGUCAGCUCCAAGGUGACCUCCAUGUCCACACAGACCAAAGUCAUGAACUCCCAGAUGAAGAUGGCAGGAGCCAUGUCCACCACAGCCAAAACUAUGCAGGCAGUGAAUAAGAAGAUGGAUCCACAAAAGACUCUGCAGACAAUGCAGAACUUCCAGAAGGAGAACAUGAAAAUGGGGAUGACAGAGGAAAUGAUCAAUGACACCUUGGAUGAGCUCUUUGAAGAGUCAGGAGAUGAAGAAGAAAGCCAGGACAUUGUGAACCAGGUGCUAGAUGAGAUCGGCAUUGAGAUCUCUGGGAAGAUGGUAAAAGCCCCAUCAGCAGGGAAGAAUCUACCUAGUGCCUCAGCCUCUAAAGCAGCCACUAUCUCGGAUGAUGAGAUUGAGAGGCAGCUGAAGGCCCUUGGUGUGGACUGACCUCCUUUUUCCCCGGAUACCAUGAGAACUACUUGAGCAGCCAUACGGAGCCUUCAUAUUUAAUCCAUUCUAUUUGUCAAGCAAGAAUGUGUGAUAGGUAUGAGUAAUUAUGGUCAAAAGAGAAAUUCUGUUUGUGUUUUUUUUUUUUUUUUUUUUUUUUUUUUUUUUUUUUUUUUUUUUUGAGCGUGCUGAUUGGCUGAGCCUCAGGCUGCAUGUUUUAGGUGGAGGUUAUCGGGGAGCUGGAGUCACUGAUGAGGGUGAAAUGUACAUUUAGAGAAUGGCUUCCACUUGCAUGACACACCUUGCACAAGUGGGUUUUUUUUUUUUUUUUUUCCUGCAUACACAGUCUGGGGUGAUUUUGGCCCUUUUGUAGAUUGGGAGAAAUAAGAUAACGUUCAGGUACUGUGAAUCUUGUUUUUUGACUUGCAGAUGAUUGUUCUUUAAUCCUCACAAUGACAUUUUAUUGUUUCAAAUGUUGAUACUGGGAAGAGGGGUUUAUUGUUGUACGAGUCAUUGUACUAUUUAGGAGGCUACUCAGUCACUUUUCUGAUGUAAAGAUGUUUCAACUUCCUGUUCUCUUAUGGGAUUUAACACACUAAUUAUGAACUAUUUGCAGUUCCUUGACCCCAAUGAUUUUUUCCCUUUCUGUUUCCUCUAUUUACAUAGUACAGAAUAUCUUAAAUUCUUUUUUUGGGCAGAUUGUUUGACAGUGAAGCAGCUCUGAGUUUUUGACCCUUUGAAUACAUGCUAUACAACUUUUUCACUGUACAAGAAAUAUUUUAAAGAAAUCCCAACAGUAAAAACCCAUUUUAAUCAAAAUAGUACUAGGCAGAGCAUCCACUUUGCCUCUGUACUGGACUUGGAUGGAAACUAAUGAUGCUGCUCUGUCUUUGAAAGGAAUUGUCCAGUGAUAGUUGACCAAACUAGCCAUUUACUGUGUGCUGGUUCUGAAACACAACAUAGCUUGUCUUUUUCUGGCGCUUGUAACUGGAGAAUUUGUCAUUCUUAUGCUGUAACUCCCACUCGAAUUACGUUCGUUUCGGAUUACACCUUGCCAUUUUCAAGUAAGAUUUUUUUUCCAAUUGAUUUUCCUCUAUAAACAUCUUUUCUAUGCAUUGUACAGAGCACAUGAAACCUGCAGUUUCCUUUGAUUCCUCCAUGAUGCCAUAGCAUCAACCUGUUUCAUUCUUUUAGGGUACAUCAUUGCCCAUUAAAGGGGCAGGGAAACACACAUUUGACAGUCACCUAUUGUUGCUACUGUUCUCACUGUUUGCAACUGCAGUGUUGGCCAGGUAAUAGUGCAUUUGUAACCUGCCCCUGUGUGUGUGCUCUUUUCCAGUGUUUCAUUACUCUGGGCUUUUUGAAUAAACAACUCGCAUUCCUAAAGAUCAAUGAGUAGCGAGGCCAGAGGAUAAUUAAAGAGGUGGGCUGCUAUGGAUAAAGAUACGGUCAAUGCAUAUCCUGGAAUUGCAAUAGAUUGCUAUUGUUUAAAUUACUCUUAACAUUUUCAAGCUUUUCUUGAAGUGAAGACAAUUGCAAGCAGUUCCCAUUUAGCUGCCAUUUACCCAGGCUUAUGUCAUAAUGUUUGCAGGUUAGUUAAGAUUUAACACUGUGUGAUACUGUCUAAUAGGUGUAAAUAAUAAGACAAACACUGCUGAGUUACACAGCAUUAUUUGUAUUUAGGUUUCCUUGACUGCUUUAAACUUGAGGGCUGAAACAGGACCCAAUUUCUUCCCAGUUUAUUUCAGUUAACUGGGAUGUCCUGUAUAUGCCUUUUGUCAAAUGUUUUAAUAUUAUAUAUAAAACUGUAAAGUUCUUUGACAUUUGAUAUGAAUA